CGCCCGCUUCCUUCGCCGUUACUGGACGACGUGAUGUAGUGCUUUGGUCGUGCCAUUGUUUUUAAAUUUGGUGAAUGAGAAUAUUUGAGAUUUUGUGGCAAAAAUGACGAAUAAGGAUUUUGUCAUGAAGGUUUUGAUGCUGAUAUCUUGGAUGCUUCCUACGUGGGUUAGUUCUGCACCUAGGCAACCCAGACUUAGUUUAGCAGAGUCGAUGCCUAGCUAUUUUUACAACAAUAUUGAUGGUUACCCUGGUACAUACGCGUUCGGCUACGAUGUAUUGGACGCAUCCACCGGCAACACUCAGUACCGGAAUGAAGAGCGGUACCCCAACGGUACCGUGGUGGGCAGCUAUGGGUACCUGGACGCGGCGGGCCGGCCGCAUCGGUACCGAUAUGUGGCUGAUGAGAAGGAUACAGAGUAAUGAAAGACCGCCCCAAUCCAUAUACUGUACCAAUAGUCAACCCUAACGCCAUCUUGAACACCGAUGGAGAUACAGUCACCUGGAAGAGGAAGAAACCGUACCGUACUACGGCCAAGCCUGAAAGGAGAAAUAAUGUAUUUCUAUUUCCACACCCAUAUUUUAUUUAAAUUCUCUAAUAGUAUUUUAUGCAACAGGCGUUUAAAGGUGGUCCAAAAAGACCAGUGGCGCGGGUAACGAUUUGAGGCGAAGCCGAAAAUUGUUGAUAAAGACGCCACGAGUAUUUUUUGACUCAGUUAAACACCGUUGCAUACAAUACUUUUUAAACGACCAUGCAUUUAG